AUGCCCUCUUUGGCUCUCGUCUCGCUUAGCCUCCCAACGUUAUUCUCCCCUCGGCCCCGCCUCCUUCAUCAUGAAACCAUCAGCCUAGCUUCACAUCCUUUGGCACCGCCAAUGCACUCCCACUCCACCAUCAUCAUCCUCAGCACCCACCUCCUGGCGCACAACAACCCGAAUACCAUCAAUCUCGCGCACCCUUCCGAUCUCCCCAUCGCUCGGCCAGGGACGCCCAGUCAGCAUCCCCCGAUUCGCUUACCCGGCGUAAAAUAUCCGCUCACUCAGCAUCUGACCGCCCUCUACGUCCCUCUUCUCCAUCCGGCCCCUGGCUUUUCUCGCCGGUAUCAUCACACGCCCACCGGUCUUUUAAUUCACACUCCCAUCUCGACAUGUUUUAAAUUCCCACUGCUCUUUUACCCCAACAGCGACGACCAGAGGUUUGGCUCAGAUCAAUUUUGA